AUGGCGAAAGGCAACAGGAGGUUGACCACCAGCCGCAGCGAGCGCCUGCUCGGAGCCUACGGCGGCGGAGGCUACAGCAACGGCCACCACGCCGAGCCGGAGCUCCGCGAGGAGGACGUGUGGUCCACGCUCCACGGCAGCGACGACGGUACCCGUUUCGAUCGGGAGAACGUUUCGCUGAGCGAGUGGAGUUCACGCGCCGGGAGCGAGAGUAACGGCGCGAGCACUUCCAUUUCGACCCGCCGGCGAGCCCCACGUACUACCGAAGGCGGCUUGUCGUUGGCUUUCGACGAUUCUUCCGAUUCACCCUCGUCUACAACGGCGGCGAGGAUCGUGCACCAAUUCCGCGGCCAAGAGAUGGCUGGGGCGGGGGAGUCGCCGCGGCGGCAGGUGGCAUCGUCGGCGCCGGUGAACGUUCCCGAUUGGAGCAAGAUCCUCCGGAUCGACUCGGUGGAAUCGCUGCACGAAAUGAGCAACGGCGGAGGAGGGUUCGGCUGGGGCGGCGAUCACGACGACGACGACUCCGACGGGAUGGUGCCGCCGCACGAGUACCUGGCGCGUGAGUACGCGCGGGGAAGGAAGAGCGGAGGCGCGUCGGUGUUCGAGGGGGUGGGCCGGACGCUGAAGGGGCGUGACCUAAGGCGCGUGAGGGAUGCGGUGUGGAGCCAAACCGGGUUUGAUGGCUGA